GAUUCAGUUCUAAUACCAAUCCUCAUCUAUCACAGGACCAAUGUAUUACAAAGGAAUCUAUCAUCUUUUCUACCAGCACAACCCAUAUGGACCACUGUGGGGUAACAUGACAUGGGCUCAUUCAAUAUCAUAUGAUCUCAUCAACUGGGUUCAUCUUGAUCAUGCUCUUAAUCCGACAGAUCCUUUUGACAUCAAUGGUUGCUGGUCCGGUUCAACCACAAUCCUUCCAGGGGAGAUACCUGCCAUUCUAUACACCGGAGUAGACGGUCAGAAUCGCCAAGCCCAAAACUUAGCCGUGCCCAAAAAUCUAUCCGAUCCACUCCUUAUAGAAUGGGUAAAAUCAGCUCAUAAUCCUAUAAUGACUCCUGUUGAUGGCAUUGAUCCGAACUUCUAUAGGGAUCCCACAACUGCAUGGCAAGGGCCUGAUAAAAGAUGGCGAGUUAUUGUGGGAAGUCAAAUGAAUGGGCAUGGAGCUGCAAUUAUGUACACAAGCGAAGAUUUCAUAAACUGGACUAGGAGUGGGAAUCCUCUUCAUUCCUCAAAUAAAACUGAAAUGUGGGAAUGUCCUGAUUUUUACCCUGUUAGUGUGAAGGGGGAAGGUAGUGAUAAAGGUACCAAGUACGUGCUCAAAGCAAGCUUCAGCAAACAGGAUCAUUAUGUAAUGGGAAAUUAUGAUCCUAAGACGGACAACUAUGUGGUUGACACAGACUUCAUGGACCGUGCUUUGCAGUUGAGGUAUGAUUAUGGAAAGUUUUAUGCUUCAAAGACGUUUCUUGACAGUGAAAAAAAGAGGCAGGUAUUGUGGGGAUGGAUAGAGGAGACGGAUAGUGAAUCCAAUGACAUCGAGAAAGGAUGGUCCGGACUUCAGUCAUUUCCAAGAACUGUUUCCAUUGGUAAAAGUGGAAAGCAAUUAGCACAAUGGCCAGUCAAAGAAAUUGAGAAACUACGUUCAGAAGAAGUUAACAUUCACGAUACAGAGCUCAAGGGUGACGGUGUACUUGAAGUUGUGGGCAUUACCGCUUCGCAGGCCGAUGUGGAGGUCACAUUUUCGUUGCCAAAUUUUCAUGCGGCAGAAAUGAUCGAGCAAAAUUUGGUUGAUCCCCAACUGCUUUGUAGAAAAAACCAAGCAUCUGUGAGAGGCCUUUUCGGGCCAUUUGGUUUGCUGGUUUUGGCUUCGAAGGACUUGACAGAGCAAACAGCCAUCUUCUUUCGGAUAUUCAGAAGUCCCAGAAAAUAUGUUGUUCUUAUGUGCAGUGAUCAGAGCAGGUCUUCUUUGAGCGAUAAGGUUGAGAAAACAACCUAUGGAGCUUUUGUUGAUGUAGACCCUGCUAAUGAGACAAUUUCAUUAAGAAGCUUGAUAGAUCACUCCAUUGUUGAGAGCUUUGGAGGGGAAGGGAUCACAUGCAUCACUACUAGAGUUUACCCGAAGUUGGCUAUUGACAAAGAAGCCCACGUUUAUGUAUUCAACAAUGGAACUCAUCAUGUGAAAAUCUCAAGGCUUAGUGCUUGGAGCAUGAAGGAAGCUCAAUUCUUGACACACAGAAAAGCCCCUUUUUCGUAAUUAUGAUGAACCAAAAAAAGUACUACUAUUUGAGAAUAUAUGUUUUCGUGUAAAGCGGCUGGAAAUGCAAAAUGGUGAAUUUGCCUACAUUGUGGCAAAUACAAACGUUACAUUUAACAAGGGCUUGGUGCCAAAUACAUAAUCCAAUUCGUUAUCAA